AUGGGAUACGCAAUGCCUUCUCGAUGCUGGUGCUGUGUGCAACCAGGAGAAGAAACGUUACAGCACCUUUUCUUUACUUCGUUUGCUGUGAAAAAAGUGUGGUCAUACUUCCUAAUGCAUGCUGGAAUUAAAAUAGAGGGACUGUCUAUGCACCAGGUAAUUGUAAAGUGCUGGACACUUACAGUAAUAUCAAGAUUGCAGCCAAUUUUUCAAGCACUUCCUGCCAUCAUUAUGUGGGAGCUGUGGAAGAGAAGAAAUAGUUACAAACAUGGGGAAACAAUGACGAUUAGACGGGUGAUUUAUCAGUACACGCCUAAAUUGAAGGUUACUAAAGUCUUGUGGGAAUUACCAACACAAGGAUGGAUUAAAGUUAACUGCGAUGGGGCAUCGAGGGGAAAUCCGAGCAGGAGCUCAAUUGGAUAUGCACUUCGAGAUGAUGAAGGCAAUAUAAAGUAUGCAUGUGGAAAGGUGAUACAUGACACAACAAACAAUGAGGCAGAGGCAUUGGCAAUUUUGGAAGCUCUAAAAUACUGUGAGGAGAAAGGAUACAAUAGAAUUAUUUUGCAAACAGAUUCGCUACUCUUGAAGAACACUAUAGAAGGAUUGUGGAAUGUUCCUUGGGUUUCCACAACCAUUCAAUCGCUUGUUAGAUUGAGGAAACCUGCAUUGGCUAACAUUCCUCAUAACUGGCCAGACAUCCUGCAAAUGAUGGAACA